ACCAAAAAUCGCCCGGCGGGCGCAAAAUCGCCCGAUCUGGGAGCUCUGCACACACCAACUAUACACACUAAACAUUAUUUUUUUUACAAAGUUGGCGCACAUUGUAUUUGCGUUGGGGCAUUAUUUGCAGGAACAAGUCUGGUGAGGUUAGUCGUCCGUCUUUACGUUGAAUAUUUUACUGAAAAGAGUGGUAGAUGUAGCGAUCACUACAUGAAUAUGUCAGUGUUCUUCAGGUUCUUAUUGAAGAGAUCAAGUGCUCCCCUACAAGGCAAAGUUGAGGUGUCUCAUUUUAAAAUAAGUGAUCGGUUCCUCAUGACUAGUCCAACUCAAAGAGCAAAAGAAGCAGUCGACGCUCUGAAGGGGAACCCAUACUUGGAAAAGUAUGCAAAGAAAAUUGCAGCACUUCAGAAGACGUCUCCAGAGGAGUUACUCUCUCGCUUAGAGGCGUUUGAAAAAGAGAGGGCGAAAAGCGACAUAGGUUCCAAAGAAAAGAAAAGAGAUUUCUCUACACCUGCACCUGCUAAAUCAGGACAUGCUAGUGGGUUGACCAAACCCAAACUGCUCAGUGAGGUGAUGAAAACUGAUCUUUUGCAUGACAAGACAACCAAUGAAAUUAAGAAGAUCUGGGAAGAAUACCACAAAAUAAAGGAUGUCAUUGCAGCAACCAUUCCAGCUGACAUUUAUGAUAAAAUUUACAAUCGCAGUUUGGAUUACCCCACUUUUCUUCUCCCUCUCCCCAGAAGUGAAGGCUAUGAAUUUAUUGUCUGUCAAUUUGCUUCCAAUGAAAUUCAUUUCACACCAUUAAUUAGUUAUCAAGCUCACAAGGAGAAUGCACCAGAAUGCAUGACAAUUACACACUUCACUGAUCUGAAGGAAUCCAAUCAGAUAGUUUUGAUGAAAGGGGAAUUUAACAAAGAUAUAUUAAAUGUUACCGAAGCUCAAUGUCUAGCUAAUCAAAUCCAACUGUAUUAUGGCCAAGAUGAUGAGAAGCGGUUGAAAAUCAUGGAUCAGUUUACAAAUAAGCCUCUUGAGUUCAAACACAUGGAUUUGAUUGCUCGUCUUGAAUCAUUAUCUCUCUAGUUCCCAAUGCCUUUUAGUUUUAUGAGCUACCCUUGUCAAUAGAGAUUUGGGAUCUGUAAUGCUGCUUGAUAAAAAUGUAUGACGUUUGUAUGUUAAACGAAAACAUGUUAAUAAAGAAGGUAAUCAAAUAAAGGAGAUAAAAAAGGACAA